AUGGCAUUCUUCCGAUACGCUGCUACGGCAGCGCUCCUCACUCUCGCCACGGCAUCGACCUCGUCCAAGCGCGGCCUCUGCUUCGUGCCUGAAAGACAUCGAGGAGUUCACCCUCACCCAGAAGACAACGCUAUUUGGGCGACGCGACGCUCUGAUCUCACGUGGUACUACAAUUAUGAGGCCGCACCCCCUCCAGACUAUAAGAACAUGGCCGGCUUCGAAUUCGUACCUAUGCUCUGGGGCGUUCCCGACGGCGGCCUCCUUGGCACACCCUUCCUCGACAGUAUCCGACAACAGAUGAAGAAUGGCUUGAACAUCACUCAUGUGCUUGGCUUCAACGAGCCUGACGGAGCUGACAACGGAGGCUCCAAUAUCUCACCCCACUACGCGUCCAAAAUAUGGAAGCAAAACGUGGAGCCGCUCAAGAAACACGGUGUCAAGCUGGGGGCUCCCGCUAUCACCGGAAGCCCUAGAGGUGCAAUGUGGCUCCAAGACUUCCUUGCCCACUGCAAUGGUAGCUGCAACCCGGACUUUAUGCCUAUUCACUUCUACGGCGACUUCGAGUCCAUGGCUAGCAAGAUCGGCGAAGUCACGAGAGCAUAUCCGAAACUGCCUAUCUGGGUCACUGAAUGGGGCUACAGCAAUCAGAGUCUCCAUGAUACGCACUGGGCGUUCAACAAGUCGCUCCGCUUGUUUGACAAUUGGAGGUAUGUUUUGACACCGUGUUACCCCAGGAUGAGGAAGGCAGUACCAAGACUCGGACCCAGUUGCAUUCACAGCCGAAGCACCAUAAAUACUUUCGACUGUGCCUUGAUGCAGCCUGGGUAA